AUGGCACGGCCGCUGACGCAUGUGCGACUGGAGGACUGCUUCGGCGAGGAGCAUCUUGUGGAGAUCCGGACCUUGCCAGAAGAUGUACAACAGGCCGUGCAACAGCAGCUCGAAGAGAAAUAUGGCAUCAAGCAGGCUCCCAUCCCUCAAAAAGAGCCCGGAACCAUCGAUGAGGGCGAGGUGAGGGAGUGGCUGGUCGGGUUGCCACUUACCGACACACACCCGCUGCCGCCGCUGCUCGAUACCGCCCUCGCGUGGACCCGCAAGGCAAAGUGCAGGGCGGUGCUUGACAAAGUGGACGACUUCACACCGCGCGUGGCGGCGCUGCUGCCCGCGCUGCUGCCCAGGCUCCCCGGCGAAGCACCGACCGACGACGAAGACUCGACACUCUUGCGCGCCGCGAUCUUGCUCCUCCGCCUUCUGCGCAACCUGUGCCCCAACUCGCCUGACAACCAGCACCACAUCAGGGAAGCCGGGGUGAUCGAGACCGUGCUGGCGUUUGUGCGCCGCAUGGAGGAGCGGACGCGUACGCUGCAGGCGGAGAAUCAGGCCUGCAAGUCGCACACGGAAGCCAUGCGCAUGGCCCUGCAGCUGCUGGCCAACUUCUGCACGGCCAACUCCGAAAAUCAACAAUACCUCUGGGAGCUGCUCUUCCCUUCCGCCCUUCUGUACGUGCUCGUUCUCCUGCGCGCACGCGUGUGUAAGGCGCUGACGUCAUCAUCGGUCUCCGCUGUUUCCUGGUUCAGGGACCUGAUCACGGUGUCGACCGAUCCCCAGUGCACGGGGCACGCCUGCAUGCUGCUACACAACUGCACCCACGCGCAGUCGCGCUGGCGAGCCCAGGUGGCGCUGUCGAGGCCACACAUGGAGGCCCUCGUCGCCGUGCUGGCGCACGAGGGCGCGGGCGGAGGCGCCUACGCCGAUGCGUUUGAGUGGGCCGUCCUCUUCCUCGAGGCCGUGCUCAAGGACGGCCUGUUGUCCCAGAUUUGGGCCAAUCUUGCCAGCCCGACCCUGCCGGUCCAAGUGGUGCUACUGAAGAUACUCGACGGUCUGACCGACCGCCUGGCUAAGGUCGCGAAUGGGACCACAUCGACGGCGUUGAUGCCCCUCGAAUCGUACGUUUUCCUGGCGCUCGAGUUCAAGCGACUACGGGACGACGCCGAGCGGCGCAGUGGCGAUGGAAAAGAAGAGGGAAAAGAAACAACAGAGGAGGAAGUGGAGGAAAACGAUACCGAUGCGCGCCUACAGAUCGAGAUGGAAGAUCUGAGCGACGCGUUGCUGCUCCUGCUGCAGAUAUUCUCGGCGGUGGCGUUGUCCGACUCAGCUGAGAAUGCCCGCUUGAAGACCGCUCUCGCCGAGGCGGAAACGCUCGGCCUUCUCUACCAAGAGGCUCAGACCACCAGCACUGGCGCCGGCACGCGCAAGUGGGACGACCCUCCGGCGAUGAAGAGGGAUCUCGUGCGUGUCGUCGCCAAUAUGGUCCACGCCCACACCGCCAACCAGGACCUCGUUCGAACCCUGGAGGGCAUUCCGCUGGUGCUCAACUGCUGCCAAGUAGACGACCUCAACCCAUACAUGCGAGAGUGGGGCAUCCUGGCGGUGCGGAACCUGUGCGAGGACAACGAGGCCAACCAGCAGAUCAUUUCGUCGAUGCAGUACGUCGGGGUGGCCGACAACCCCGAGCUGACGCGCAUGGGCCUCAAGGUCGUCAUGGAGGGCGGCCAGUUCCGCCUCCGCAAGCUCGACGAGUAA